AGGCACCCAGCAGCAGAGGGCCACACACACCUACGCCUACGCGGGGAAGAGAAGACGAGACAAGAAGAGGAGAGGAGAGAAGAGAAUCUCGUGGAAUUCUCUCCCCCUCUCCUCGCCUCUCCAAGAACCCACCAAUCCUCCCCCCCUCCCCCCCCAACACUCCACUGGCGCCGCACAGCUCCGAUCUUGCCUCCGCCGCCGCCUUCUUCCGCUCCCAAUUCGGGCCCGAAUUCGGUCCGGGGGGGGUUUCUUGGUGAUGAUCAUUGUAUUAACCAAAACCUGAACCUAGUGUUGGCCCUACUGUAAUAAUUCAGUCACUUAUCAGCAGCAUAUGGAAUUAGGUGGCAACAAUAUGGGCCCAGAUAAUGGAGCAAACAACAAUUCCAACUUGGCUGCAAGGCAACGCUUACGGUGGACAAAUGAGCUGCACGAACGAUUUGUUGAGGCUGUUACUCAACUUGGUGGUCCUGAUAGAGCAACUCCGAAAGGAGUUCUAAGAAUUAUGGGUGUACAAGGGUUGACGAUAUACCAUGUGAAAAGUCAUUUGCAGAAAUACAGGCUUGCAAAGUACAUUCCCGACUCUUCAGCUGAUGGUAACAAGGCUGAAAACAAAGACCCUGGAGAUUUGCUUGCUGGACUUGAGGGAUCCUCUGGCUUACAGAUAUCUGAAGCUCUGAAGCUGCAGAUGGAGGUCCAAAAGCGUCUACAUGAACAGUUAGAAGUACAAAGGCAGCUGCAGUUGCGCAUUGAGGCGCAGGGCAAGUACCUCAAGAAGAUCAUUGAGGAGCAGCAGCGUCUCGGUGGAGUGAAAUCUGAAACACCUGCUGCUGGUGCUUCCGUCACAUUGCCAAGCGAUCAGUUCCCUGAUUCCGAAAGAACUGACCCCUCGACUCCUGCACCUACAUCUGAAUCUCCAACUCAAGGUGUACCUUCGAAUAGGGACAAUGGAGGACAAAACGAAGCAACCAAGAGCCCCCAGCGCGAUGAUUCUCUGUCCCGCCAUGAACCACUAACCCCUGAUUCCAACUGUCAGCCUGGUUCUCCUACCGCUAGUCCAAAGCAUGAGAGGGCAGCAAAGAGGCAACGAGGUAAUGGUGCAGAGUUCUCGGAAACUGACUUCGCCCUUCCUCAUUCUAUCUUCGAGUCGAGUUCGGGGUCAGAGUUCCAACAAUGUUCCAUGUCCUACUCAGGUCAUUAGCAUCUGGUGAUACUCCUCACAGCAUCUUCGCUAGCUUGUUCGAGACGAAGUAAUGAUCUAAGAUCCGUGUUGUAGCUCUCAGUAGUAUAUUUCUAAGUCCCAAUGGAGAUGUUGGUAGACAAAAAUGUUGUAGGUGUUCAGAUGAUUGUUUACAUGAUACUACAUAUGACAGCUAUUUAAGCUUGUAAUUUCGUGGCCUGUAAAUUUUAUUAUCAGCUGUUGAGUUGGGAAGUUUGAAGGUUGCGCUUUGUCGCGGCGUCGACUUCUGCUCAUCUGGGUAAAUCUUUAUUGACAAAAGUGUUUAACAUGAACAAUUUUUCGCGUGUAAUUUGUUGUAAACUUGUAAUGGUCAGUGGUCAGAAGCACAAGCUGUUGAUGUUAUGCUGUUACACUUGGAUGUUACUAUCAUGGUUACUUUUCUCCAUAA